AUGCCACCUUUGUUUACGUAUAUCUACCUCCCUUCUUUUCUUUCUUCUUUACGUUUUUUUAUUUCUUUUUUUAGUCUUUGUUUCUCAAUUUCCUUUUCUUCUUUCUUUUCUUUUUCUCUCUUUCUUAUUUCUUUUUCUUUUCUUUUUUUUCACUUUUCUAUUUUCUUUCUACACUGCGAUGACAUUCACCAAAAUGGCGGCGCUGGUGAGAACGGGGUCUAUCUGAUUAAGCCGGAUUAUGCGCCGCACCCAUUCAGAGUCGAGUGCGAGUUUGAAUCCGAUAAAGCAUGGACCCUUAUACAGAAGCGAAGCAACGGCGAAGUGGACUUUUAUCGUGGAUGGAAUGACUACAAGAACGGGUUCGGUACGGUCGGCGGCGAAUUCUGGUUGGGCAACGAGAAAAUCUAUUACCUGAGCGUGCAGGCCACCUACGAACUGCAGAUCAACAUGUGGGACUGGGAAGACGUUACCCGAGGUACGUCCACUCAGACUGGCAAUUACUACCAAGGAGGAAGCUCGUUCUUCUUCGUGGAAGAUGAAAAGAACUAUUACAAGCUGCGAGUUCCAGAGGUAAGAAGACAAACAUCUAUCAUAUUUUUAUACUUUCUCUCUUUGAACAAGACGAGUUAG